AUGAAUAUUCCAAAAUAUCAACAGGCGCAAGUUCAAGGACAACAGCCUAACUUGCAAGCACAACAGAUCUUACUACAACAAUUACAACAAGGACAGUCACAGCAGCUGCAGCCAUCCAUAGGAGGUAGUGGUAGUGCGGGGCAGUUCUCGCAGCAGGAUAUCUAUAAUGAUAAUAUAGCGCAACAGGGUCUUUACCAAAAUAACUACCAAAGGCCGGUGCAAGCUCAACAGCCACCACAAUUACAGAAUAUCCAUCAACAGCAACAAUUUUUCCCCCAGCAAUUCCUGCUGCAACAGCAAAACCAACCACAGGCACUGCUGUUGCAGCAAUACCAGCAACAGCAGCAGCAACAACAACAGCCACAGAUACAUCUUCCUCAGCAGUACCAACAAUCGCAAGGACAACAAGUGCCUCACCAGCCGCCUCAUAUACAACAGCAACAAUUUUUUAACCAGCAAGCGGCUGCAUUGCAACAACAGCAGCAGCAACAACAACAGCAGCAACAACAGCAGCAACAGCAACAACAACAACAGCAACAGCAACAACCGACACAGAAGCUCAACUCCAUUAACAUAGAAAAUCCAAAUUCGGUAUACUGGCAACAUCAACAACAAUUGUGUCAAUUGUCCAGAAAUGCAAACAUUCCGCAUUACUAUGCAAGACAAUAUGCUGCAAACUCUAGAAAGAAUAAAAAUCCAUACAGCGACGUGAAGACAGUGAGUUUGAUAGACGCCACCAGAUCUAUAGUUUCUGCCUUGAAUGAAGAAGAGAAUUCUAAAUCCAACCCUGGGUCUGCUACUAACUCUGCGUUAUUACAUAACAAGAAAUUAGCACAAGAUUUGGACGAUGAUCACUUACAAGAGGAACAGAGAAUGAGACAAAAAACUCAAGGAAGACAGUUGUGGUGUCAAUUAGACUUGAGUGGUCAAGGGUUGGUUAAUUUAUCUCCAAAAUUAUUUCAGUAUGAUUUUUUGGAAUCGCUUUAUUUGAAUAAUAAUAAAUUAACUAGCGUUCCGCCAAUAGUCAAUAAAUUAAGGAGUUUGAGAACCUUAGAUUUGUCUCACAAUAGAAUUAAUGAAGUUCCAUCAGAACUAGGAAUGUGCUUCAAUUUAAGGUACCUUUAUUUAUUUGAUAACAAUAUCAAAACCUUACCUAAUGAAUUUGGUAAUCUUAUUGAAUUAUUAUUUUUAGGUAUAGAAGGUAACCCAAUAGAUCUAAAGAUUGCAAAUUUAGUUGCGGAAAAAGGAACCAAAGAAUUGAUCGCUUAUUUAAGAGAUUUGAAGCCAAGUUUCAGUAAGCCUCCUCCAAGACAAUGGUUAUUGUUAGAAGAUGACGGUGAAAUAAUUGAUCCUAUAAAUAACCCAGAUGCUUAUACCAAUGACAACAACAACUCUGAUACUAGUGAUACUUUCACGAUGAUGUCAUAUAAUACUUUGUGUCAACAUUAUGCCACUACGAAAAUGUAUAAAUACACUCCAUCGUGGGCUUUGGAAUGGGGCUUUAGAAGAGCUGCAUUGCAAGAAGAAGUAUUGCAUUUUAAGAGCGAUUUGGUUUGUAUGCAAGAAGUUGAAACCAGGACAUUCCAUGAGUUUUGGGUACCUGUCAUGCAGGGAUUUGGUUAUAAGGGUGUGUUCUUUAAUAAAACCAGAUCUAAGACUAUGAGUGAAUCUGACUCAAAGAAGGUUGAUGGUUGUGCCACUUUCUAUAAGGCUGACAAGUUUGAGUUACUUCACAAGCAAAACUUCGAAUAUAACAGUGUUUGUAUGGGAUCUGAUAAAUAUAAGAAAACUAAGGAUUUAUUUAAUAGAUUUAUGAACAAAGAUAAUAUUGCUUUAAUCACAUACUUUAAUCACAUUCAGACUGGUGAAAAGAUUUUGGUUGUUAAUACGCAUUUGCAUUGGGAUCCUGCUUUUAAUGAUGUUAAGACAUUACAAGUCGGAAUCUUAUUAGAAGAAUUACGUACUAUCAUGAAGAAAUACCACCAUACAAAUUCUAUUGACGAAAUUAAGAAUGCAUCAAUGGUUAUUUGUGGUGAUUUUAAUUCCACGAAGGAAAACGCUGUUUAUCAAUUAUUUUCUACUGGUGCUGUAUCCAACCAUGAGGAUUUGGAGGGUCGUGAUUAUGGUAAGUUUACAGAUGAAGGAUUCCGUCACCUGUUCAAAUUAAAAUCAGCAUAUGAUCACGUAGGUGAGUUACCAUUCACUACAAUUUCGCCCGCAUUUACCGAUGCCAUUGACUACAUUUGGUAUUCGACUCCUACUUUGCAAGUUAAAGGGUUAUUGGGAAAAAUUGAUGAAGAGUAUUCAAGUCACUGUAUUGGUUUCCCUAAUGCACACUUCCCAUCUGAUCACAUUCCUUUGGUUACCAAAUUCCAAAUCAAGAAAAGUGGUGGCAACAAAAAGCCUGACUUCAAGCCUGACUUCAAAUCUGGGUCUUCUAGAAAAACUUGA